AUGAAAGCAUUAGCAAGACAGUUUAUGUGGUGGUCAAAAAUGGAUAAAGAGAUCGAGGAUUUUCCAAAGAGCUGCAUUAAUUGUUGUUCAAGCCGAUCAGAUCCUCCAAGUGCUCCCCUGCAUCCUUGGCAAUUCCCGGAAAAACCAUGGCAAAGGCUUCACAUUGAUCUAGCUGGUCCAUUACAGAACAAUAUGUUUUUUAUAAUCAUGGAUGCACACACAAAAUGGCCUGAGGUGUAUAAUAUGCGCAUGGAUACAACAAGUAAAAACGUAAUUGAAAAACUAAAAGAUUGUUUUGUGAGAUUUGGUAUUCUAGAACAAAUAAUCUCAGAUAAUGGCAGACAAUUCGUAUCAUCUGAAUUCCAGAAAUUUUGUAAAAACAACGGAAUUCGACACACAACGAGUUCAGUAUAUCAUCCACGCACUAAUGGAGAAGCCGAACGCUUUGUGCAGACUUUCAAGAAAGCAAUAUUUAAAAGUAAUUCAGAAGGUAAUAUGACGAAUCAAAUUCAACGUUUUCUGUUUAAUUAUCAAUGCACGCCACACUGA